GAACUCAACCGAAAAGAAAUGGAAGAGGAUCAUAACAAGUUCUUAAAGACGAGUGUGGCUGUGAUAAUAGUGUUCACCACAAUUCUUGUGGCCAAACUCAUUACCUACUCCAAAACCAAGAAGAAGAGUGUUCGUGUCCCUCCCGUUCUUCAAGCGUGGCCUCCUUUGAUCGGAACUCUUCUUCGCUUCAUGAAAGGUCCAGUCUUGAUGCUUAAAGAGGAAUAUCCUAAGCUUGGAAGUGUUUUCACGGUGAAGCUUCUUCACAAAAACAUCACCUUUCUCAUCGGUCCUGAAGUCUCGACACACUUUUUCAACGCUUAUGAAUCCGACCUCAGCCAAAAAGAAGUUUACCGGUUCAAUGUCCCUACGUUUGGCCCUGGAGUUUUUCGAUUCUUCGCCGACGCUCUAAAGGUCAACAAGUUAAAGGGUUAUGUUGAUCAAAUGACGAACAAGGCCGAGGGUUACUUCUCAAAAUGGGGAGAGAGUGGUGAAGUGGACCUAAGUUUUGAGUUAGAGCGUCUCAUCACCUUAACUGCAAGUAGAUGUAUAUUGGGUCGAGAAGUUCGUGACCAACUUUCUGAUGAUGUCUCUACAUUGUUCCAUGAUCUUGAUAAAGGAAUGCUUCCCAUUAGUGUUCUCUUCCCUUACCUUCCCAUUCCAGCUCAUCGCUGCCGUGACCGUGCCCGCGCAAAGCUUGCACAAAUCUUUUCCAAGAUCAUAGCAUCCAGAAAACGCUCUGGCAAAUCAGAGAACGACAUGCUACAAUGUCUCAUCGACUCGAAGUACAAAGACGGUAGAGAGACGAGUGAAUCUGAGGUUACUGGCUUGCUCAUUGCUGCAUUGUUUGCAGGACAACACACGAGCUCUGUCACUUCCACAUGGACCGGUGCUUAUCUCAUGCGAGAGAAGCACUACUUAAAAGAGGCAAAGGCAGAGCAAAAGAAACUGAUUGAAAAACAUGGGGGGCAAGAUCAAUUACGAUAUCUUAUCUGAAAUGGAUGUUCUCUUUAGGUGCAUUAAAGAAGCUUUAAGGCUUCACCCUCCAAUGAUCAUGCUGUUGAGAGCCUCACUUAGUGAUUUCAACGUGACAACUCGAGAAGGAAGAACGUAUGAGAUUCCAAAGGGUCAUAUCAUUGCAACCUCGCCUGUGUUCGCCAACCGUUUGCCUCAUGUUUUCAAAGACCCUGACAGUUUCGAUCCCGGUAGAUUCUCACCGGGAAGAGAAGAGGAUAAAGCAGCCGGUCCAUGUUCAUACAUCUCCUUAGGAGCAGGAAGGCACGAGUGUCUUGGUGGAUCUUUCGCGUAUAUGCAAAUCAAAGCCAUAUGGAGUCAUUUGUUGAGAAACUUUGAGCUUGAGUUAGUGUCACCUUUCCCUGAAGUCGCCAUGAACAAUAUGGUGGCUUGCCCUAAAGGAAAGUGAUGGUUCGUUACAAGCGUCUCCCCCUUUCUUAAAAACCAUUGCAAAGGUAUAGAAAUGUUAUUGCAACUUUGGUUUUAAUUAUCUUUCGUUUCUUGUCUCUCGUCUCUCUUGUUUUGUUAUGUCGGUUGUUCGAUUCUAUGCUAUUUCAUUACUGUUUUCC